AUGGUCAGUCAAAUCAUGUUGUUUGUGCUGCUUUUGGGGAUGACAGGUGUGGUGACUCCUAAGGUUGUGAAACCACUCUACCCAAUAGCUGGAACUGCAAGCUCUCGAUCAGAUGAUGGAAGUUCUCCACGGAUUAUCCUGAAGCGACCUUUUGUCUAUUUUGGACGGACAUAUAAUCAAAUUUAUGUCAACCACAAUGGACACCUGACAUUUGACCAUCCACUGAGGUCACAUUCACCUCAAAGGUUCCCACUUUAUGUACCCAGAGACUUCAUCGCUCCAUUCUGGACAGAUCUCGACAACAGAGAGACUGGUCAAGUCUACUACAACCAAUACACCAGUGGUAGUAUCCUUCAGCAAGCUACAAAGGACAUAAAUGAGUACUUUCCAAACUUAAAGUUCAGCGCCAACUGGGUCUUUGUUGCAACAUGGUAUGAGGUGGCCUACUUUCCAAGUUCAGGAACACGCACAACUGUCCAGGCCGUGAUGAUCUCUGGAAGCCAGCACUCAUUUGUGCUAAUGAACUAUGGGAUAAUAGCCUCUACUAAAUGGCACGUGCAGGCUGGUUAUGAUACAGUAAACUCCACUCAUUAUUUCACCAUCCCUGGAUCAUUCACUGACUCUGCAACAGGCAGUAACUCAAAUUUCCGCCUGGACAGCAAUGUCAAUGUACCCGGCCGCUGGGCCUUCUGGACAGACCACGGAUCAAAAGGCUGCACAUUCAAUGGUGUAGCCCUACAGUUGGGUGACUCAUUCUGGGGCGACAGUACCUGUGCAUAUAAGUGCACCUGCACCUCAACAGGCCUGCAGUGUCACAGCCAACCCUGCACCUUUUCCCAAAUCUGCCAACCUGAUGCCUUUCAGUUCUCCUGCCAGACAGUGAAGAAAGGCACCUGCAGCAUAAGUGGUGAUCCACAUUACUACACCUUCGAUGACACAGUUUUUCACUUUCAGGGCACCUGUACCUAUGUUCUCUCUGAGCCAUGUGGUCAGUAUUUGCCUUACUACAGAGUAGAGGGCAAAAACGAGCAUCGGGGCAGCACUCAUGUUUCCUGGACACGACUGAUCAAAGUGUUUGUCUAUAAUGAAACCAUCGAGAUUGUCAAGGGACGUCGUGGUGAGGCUAAGGUUAAUGGAAACUUUGCAGCCACUCCCAUCUCCCUUAGCAAUGGCAAGGUCCAGGUUUAUGAGUCAGGUUUUUCUGUGAUCAUCAGUACUGACUUCGGCUUGGAGGUGUCUUAUGACACAAAUCAUUAUGUCUGGAUCAGUGUGCCCUACAAUUACCAGAAUGCAACAUGUGGCCUGUGUGGAAACUUCAACAAUGAUCCCAAGGAUGACUUUCGGACCCGUGAAGGUGAGCUUGUGAGCUCUGAUGUGGUUUUUGCCAACAGUUGGCAAGCAUCAGGUGAUGAUGAGCCCGGUUGUGAACCGCAGUGUGAAGGUCUGGACUGUGUUGCCUGCACAGAGGCUCAGAAAGCUUUAUACAGCGAUAGUGCUCAUUGUGGUAUCCUCCAGAACAGUUCUGGACCUUUUGCCGCUUGCCAUGAACAACUUCCCCCACAGGUCUUUGUGGAGAGUUGUGUGUUUGAUCUGUGUGUGGGAGGAGGGUACCAACCCAUUCUGUGCCAAGCACUAAGUGCUUAUGCAAGUCAGUGUCAACAGAACGGUAUACAGCUGCCAAGCUGGAGGAGAGAAGGCUUCUGUGAAAUCCCCUGCCCUGCGAACAGCCACUUUGAGUCCCAAGGCACAGGAUGUCCAGCUACCUGCGUCAAUCCCAAUUCUACCCACAACUGUCCUCUCCCUCCCCAGGAGAGCUGCAUCUGCAUUUCAGGCUACAUUCUCAGUGGUGGGGUCUGUGUCCCUCAUUCUGAGUGUGGCUGCAACUUUGAGGGUCGCUACUACCGCUCUGGAGAAACUGUAAUACUAGAUGAGGACUGUGGGAGGCGUUGUAGCUGCAGUUAUGGCUCCAUGACUUGCCACUCCCAUGGUUGUGGCCCAUUUGAAUCAUGCAGGGUUGAGGAGGGAGAAAGAGGGUGCAGACCUAAUGACUAUGGAGCAUGCUGGAUAAGAGGCCCAGGAACAUAUCAAACUUUUGAUGGACUGAUAUACCAUUAUCCUGGAGCGUGUCGAUUGACUGUUGCCAAAGUAAUGGGACUGUCUAGUCACCCACAUUUUGUGGUGACAGCAGAAAAAGUGCCCAAAGGCCAGCAGGGUUUUGCCCAGUUGCUUAAGUUCGAGGCAGAGGGCAAACACGUGUCCAUUGAGAUGGAAAGUAGCAGCAGAAUACAUGUUGACGGUCAGCGGAUUAGACUUCCAUUCAGCUCAGCAUCCAACCGAAUCCAAAUCUACCACAGCAGUGUUCACAGUAUCAUCCUUCGCACCUCCUUUGGUGUAACGGUGCAGACAGUCUGGCCUCACUUUGUGCGUAUCACUGCACCUGUUACCUACAGCGGUUCACUGGGUGGACUCUGUGGCAAUUACAAUGGUCAUCCACAUGAUGACUUCCGCACACCCAAUGGCAUUCUGGUCAACAACUCUCAGGACUUUGGGGACAGUUGGCGAGAUGGCUCCCUCGCUGCACACUGUGUGGAAAAUGUAAAUCAGAAUUCUACAACAAAUUACAAUACAAGUGAGUACUGUGGCAUUAUUGGCUCACCUCAUGGGCCAUUUGCCCAGUGUUGGGCCAAGGUGGACCCACAUCAGCAUGUGGAUGCAUGUGUGGAGAUCAUGAGGGCCUCUAAAGAUCCAGCUUCAACACUAUGUGAGGUCCUACGAGAUUAUGCACUAAUGUGUCAACAGCAGGGCGUAGCCCUUGGACACUGGAGGGAUGCAACUGACUGUGAGCAAAACUGCCCUGUAAACAGCCAUUAUGAAGUCUGUGGAACGUCUUGUCCCUCCACCUGCCCCAGCCUCUCUUUCCCUUUUGCCUGUAACACUGUGUGCCAGGAGGGUUGCCAGUGUAAUGACGAUUUUGUCCUGAAUGGCAACCAGUGCGUGCCACCAACAAAUUGUGGUUGCUAUCACCAAGGAAGCUACUGGCAAGGUGGAGAGCAGUUCUGGGAUGGUGAGGAGUGUCAGAGCUUGUGUACCUGCGAUGGCACUACUGGGGCAGUCCACUGUAUCCCCAACUCCUGUGGUCCCCAGGACUCCUGCCGUGUGGUGGACGGUGAGCUUGGCUGCCAUCCCAAUCCUCAUGGCACCUGCUCUGCCUCUGGAGACCCUCACUACCUCACCUUUGAUGGAAAGGCCUAUGACUUCCAAGGAACCUGUCGCUAUACUCUGGUGACUCUUUGUAAUGCUACUGAUGAACGCUACCAAUUUUCAGUGGAGGCUAAGAAUGAGCCGUGGAGAGGGCUGCCAGUUUCAAUAACAGCUGAAGUUUUUGUAAAUGUGUGGGGCUAUGAAGUGCGUAUGUCAACGGAGAGAAGUGGUGUGGUUCAAGUGAAUGGAGAAACUAGAACUUUACCUAUUGUCUUGAACAGAGGUCAGAUGUCAAUCUAUUCAAGUGGGCCGCGUGUAUUUGUCAGUGCUGAUUUUGGCUUGAGUGUCACCUACGAUGGAUAUAGUACAGUGUUUAUCUCUGUACCUGCAAAUUACAGUGGAAAAACAUGUGGCCUCUGUGGAAACUUCAAUGGAAAUCCAAAUGAUGAGUUCCACACCCCAUCUGGAUCAACGGUCACCACUCCAGAUGAGUUUGGGAAAGCUUGGAAAGUGGAAGGGGACUACACCUGCAGUGAUGGGUGUGGCUCCUCCUGUCCACAAUGCACCAAUGAGCUCCCUGCUAGAGCCCAGUGUGAGGUUAUUCAGAAAGCUGAUGGCCCCCUCAGCUUCUGCCAUGAGCAUGUGGACCCAGCGCCAUAUUUCAACGACUGUGUGUUUGAUGUGUGUGUGUCGGGAAAUGAGGGGCAAGAUCUCCUGUGCAGGGCCAUUGAGGCAUACGUCAGUGCCUGUCAGUCUGCUAAUGUUCGAAUCUACCCUUGGAGACAGAACACCACCUGCACACUUGAAUGUCCGGCCAACAGCCAUUAUGAGCUGUGUGGUACCGACUGUGGUCAUACCUGUGCCAGCAGCAAUGAUGCCACCUGUGAGCAGGUUUGCUCUGAGGGAUGUUUCUGUGACGAAGGUUUUCUCAGGAGUGGAACAAGAUGUGUCCCUGAGGAAAGCUGUGGCUGCCAAGAAGAUGGGUUCUACUAUGAUGCUGGUGAAUCCUUCUGGACCAAAGGUUGCUCCAAGCAAUGCGAGUGCCAUGCUCCCAAUGACCUGCGUUGUUCUGCUGCGUCUUGCACUUCUUCACAAGAGUGCACCAUCCAAAAUGGCCAGCUGGGCUGUUAUGAAGCAAUGUCUACCUGCACCGUGUGGGGAGACCCACACUACAUCACCUAUGACGGAGCACUGGCUCAUUUCCAGGGCACAUGCUCUUACAUCAUUACUGAGAGUGUGAGCCACGGCACCAAUGAAACUCACUUUCAGGUAAUAGCCACCAAUAAUCACCGUGGCAACAACCAUGUGUCGUUUGUGUCAGCAGUGGAUAUAUACCUAAAAAAUCAUCCAGAGGGUGCACAUGUCAGGAUUGGACCCAACAAAGGAGUAAAGUUAAAUGGAAAUGACGUGUCUCUUCCCAUCAUAAUAGGAACCAUAGCUCAGAUAGAAAGGCAGGAAAACUACAUAAUAGUCAGUGCCAUUGACUUAAUAGUCCAGUUUGAUGGUCAGAGUACUCUACUGAUCAGAGUGGGCCAACACCGUCAAAGUAGAGUCACCGGGAUGUGUGGAAACUUCAACAGUGAUCCUGCAGAUGACAAAGUCUUGCCCAAUGGUACACUGGCACAAAAUGACAACCACUUUGGACACAGCUGGAAGUCACCAACAAGCCAACCAGGAUGUGGCUCCACGGAUGAAGACGGUAGUGAUGGAUUGAAUGACUGUCACUUUAGGGAAGAAUACUCUGAACUCUGUAGUGUCAUCGCCAACAGCAGUGGCCCAUUCAGUGCCUGUCACCUGCACUCUGACCCCCAGCCAUUUUUCACUUCCUGUGUCUAUGAUCUCUGCCAGUACACUCCAGCCAAUGGCAUGCUGUGUUCUGCAGUCUCAGCCUACGAGAGAACCUGCACUGUGUUGGGGUUGAACAUCCCUGAAUGGCGCUCUGCUUUGCACUGUACUGAGUCAGACCCCUGUGCACAGCUGGACUGCACUGAGUAUGAGUGGUGUGGUGAGCAGGACGGUGUGUACGGCUGCUUCUGUGAUGAGCACCACCAUCGGCCCAACAAUGAGAGCUAUGACUCGUCCAUCACUUGUGUCAGUAGCUCAGGCACCAUAUCUGUGUCACGCUGCCAGCUGUUUGAAGCUGGUUUCCAUCCCAGUGACCUUCACCUCCGAGAUGACUCCUGUAAAGGAACUCUCCAGCACGGACGCCUGGUGUUUCACUUUAACAAUGAUGACCAGCUGUGUGGGACACUUCUCAGGAGCAACGGGACCCAUUUCAUGUAUGAGAACACCAUCCAGGGCGACGUAGACCCUCAUGAGGCCAUCAUCAGUCGUGAGAAGAGCAUCCAUCUGCACUUCUCCUGUGAAUACCCUCUGGCCCAGGCCGUGUCUAUGGAUGUGGGCAUUAACCCUUUAGAGAGCAUUGUCAACAGGAGGCUUCCACUUGGCCUGGGUCAUUAUUACUUGAGGAUGAUCCUCUAUGAGGACACUGGCUUCCGCUUCCCCCUGACCAGAAACAGGAACCUAGAAGUGGAAAUAGACCAGAAGUUGUACAUCGAGGUGCAGACAGAGGGAGUCGAUGAACAGCAGAUCUCCACCAUUCUGGACUCUUGUUGGGCAACACCUUUCAAUGACGCAAGCUACCCUGUCCGCUGGGAUCUCAUCACUGCACAGUGCCCUAACUCAGAAGAUGAAACAGUCGAGCUGAUUCAGAACGGCGUCUCAACUGUGGCCCGAUUCUCCUUUAGGAUGUUCACCUUUACCAACUUUUCAUCCAUCUACCUGCACUGCCAGGUCCACCUGUGUCUUCUGAGACACAACAACUGCACAGCUCACUGCUACCCAGGUUACCACACAAGAGUGGUGAGGGAUGUUUCCCAUCAUGACACUGCAGCCAUCUCAGUAGGACCGCUAAUCCUGAGAAAAGAUGAAAGGAUGAAAACAAGCAGUGCUUCAGGCCAGCUGAUCUCAGUGAUGACCCUGCUGAUCAGUUUGCUGGCCGCCAAAACUCUGACCUAGAGCGAUUAAAGAUACAAAAAGUAACAGAAUAUUUGGAAAUGUGUCCUGUGAAUUACUCCUGCAUUGUGUUCCUCUCUGAGAGGUCUUCUUUUAAGUUGUGGUAGUUUUUCUUUCCAACAUUAGAGGGCAGCAUUAGAUCAAAUACACAUUUGGCUCUUUGUUCAUGAGACUUGUGUCUGUUUCUCAUUUUUUUGUAUUUGAUAUAAGCUUCAGCUGUGUUUAACCUCAGGGCUGUUUCUGUGACAUUAUGAUCAUCAAAUCAAUAUUUCAUUAGUGAGAAACCU